UGUUGAGCUGUUGAGUAAAUGAACAUUUUUAUAAAUUCCAUAAAUUAAGCAAUGUUUUUAAACAAACGGUGAAGCGUAUAGGCUCUAAAAAUGUUUCCUACAAAUCAUAAAACUAUUUUCGUACUCGAUCAUACGCCAUACUUUGGUAUAUCAUCGGACAAUCCGAUAGACUUCGAUGUCUCUAAAAGCCGGGGCCCUGGCUAUGUCCCUUUACCGCCAGUUUGCAAGUCGCUAUGGACUUGCAGUGUGGAAGCUGCAGUUGAAUACUGCCGAAUAGUUUGGGAUCUAUUUCCUGAAGGCAAACUGGUCCGAUUUGUUGUCAGUGAUUCUGCAGCACACAUCCUUAAUACUUGGGUUGCAGCUCAACAGAACUUAACCCAUAUCCUUAAUGGCUUGUGCCUUGUUGGCGCGGUGCGGCGUGGUGCUGGAGGUGACGUCGUGGGCCUCUGCGCUGCCAUUGAAGCCCUAAGUCAGCCAUCACCCACACAAUCUGCCAGGCCUAACUCGGAAGCACUUUUUCAAAACAGGGGUCGAAUAAUAUGCAUCACAAGUGCACGAGAUGAUGACUCCAUAAGGAGUCUGGCAGAGAUAGCGUUGAAUGCUCUCAUCCAGCAGAACAAGAAAGCUUCCAGUCAACCUAGUACAUCUGAGUCGACGAGCACUGCUCAGCCACAGGCAUACCCUAUCCAAUAUUGCCAUUUAGUAAUAAUAAACGUUACUCCAGAGAAAGCCGAAAUCAGAGUGAAUAAUCAGCCAUUAACGGAGAUGGGGAACGGCCUGAUGGGCGUCGAAGUGAUAGUGUCCAGGGCGAGCGCGCUGGCAACACUGCUCGGGCGUCUAGUGUUGCCACAUUACAAGCUGGUCACCACCACCGUCACCGGGAUACCGAUGAAGGAAGAGCAAAACGCGAGCUCGAGCGCGAACUACGACGUAGAGAUCAUUCACUCGGCGGAGGCCCACGCCGGACUCCGGGCGGCGCAGACGGCUGCGGAGGCCACGGAAUCUGUAGUGCUGCGGUGGUGGACGCCGCGCGGCGCGGAGGGCGGCGCGGGCGGGUGCGGCGGGCCGCUGUGGCGCGUCACGCCCGCCGACGUGGCGUCCAGGCCCUCCGCCUGCCUCGUCAACUUCCUGCUCAACGGCCGCUCCGUCACGCUCGAGGUGCCCAGGAAGGGCGGCGGGCGGUCGGCGUCGCACGUGCUGGCGGCGCAGGGCGGCGAGCUGUGGAUCGGCGCGCUGGGCGGCCGCGCGCCCUACGACGAGCCGCCCGCGCUGUCCGAGGGCGCCGGCGGCCGCGUCACCGACUACAGAAUAAAGGAGUUCGGUGCGCUGAUGCAGCAAAACCGGCUGUUCCCGCUGCGCGGCGCCGGCGCCAACGCGCGGGCUAAGGCGCGCCUGCAGCGGCACACCACUUACUGGCCGCUCACCAUCUCCUCCACGCUCGUCUUCAACCUGGGCUCCGUGAUGGAGCCCCUGACCCGUCUGGUGGUGCAGGAGACACUGACGGAGGACGAGGUGGACACGUGCCGCGGCGUGCUGCUGUCGCUGCUGGGCAUGGAGUCCCGCCACGAGUUCCCCACCGCGCAACUACCUUCAAACUUGAGAGGCAAGUCGAGCAGCCGCCGCGAGGAGCAAUGGCGGCAGGUGUGGAGCGAGCUGGAGGCGCUCGUGCGCGCGCACUCCGCCUCGCCCGCGCACCGCGCGCUGCUGCGCACGCUGCUCGAGUGCCGCGCGCACAACCACCAGGACAGUGACAGCCGCGCAUCCGUAAUUCGAGCGACGACCGACUCGCCGCUGUCCCCGACCGGGGCGGGGGCGGGGGCGGGCGCGACGGGCGCGGGCGACGUGUGGGCGGCGCGCGGCGCGCUGGACGCGCUGCUGGGCGCGCCGCGGCCCUCGCGCCGCCCAGACUUCGCGGGCCGCAUGGCCGCCGGCGCCCGCCCCGCCGUGCUCUACCAGCAUCUCCAGCAGGACGUGGAGGCGCAGCAUUAGACGGAUCCUCCCGCCGGUAUUUGUAAGCUCGUUCUUCGAAUUUUAAUCGAAUCGGAGGCGGGCGGAUCGCUGAUGCUGAUCAAAGAUGAUAAUUAAUGAUGACUGUUCAAACGUUCGUUGCGACGUUUCGUGAGUAGCCCCGACCGCAUAAUAUUUAUGCGAGAAAACCGACACACGGAACGAUAACCACGCGGAACGAGUGAAUAAAUAUAAAUAUGUAUAAUUUUCCUCCGUUGACGUAUCAAAACGGCAAUUACUACCUUACCAAACGCAACUCGGGGUCCAUCGUAGCUGGCAUUCACCGUGCCCUGCUAUCGGCUGACGUCCUCUCGGUUGACAAAGAAAGGUAGGUACGAUACCAUUUAUGUCAUUGUUUCACUUACCUAACUCUACUCUGGUGUCGCUAUAUCUUCGGCAUAACUAGGUACUAUGAUUGACUUUGACACAAGUAAAAAAUGCCCAUCUCUGCUACAAAUGGAGAUCUCAUUGUUUCAUUAAAAAAGUACUUUAAGUGUAUUCAGGUGAUUCCGAAAGGAAAAAAAGGCUAAAAUAUUGACGGAAGAUUCCGAAAUUACUUACUAAUGUGAUUGUUGUUGUUGCUAGCGCAGGUGCACGAAACGGGCGCACGCAUGCGGAUGUCAUGUACCUAUAGUUCGUUUUUAGGGUUCCGUACCCAAAGGGUAAAACGGGACCCUAUUACUAAGACUUCGCUGUCCGUCCGUCUGUCUGUCACCAGGCUGUAUCUCACGAACCGUGAUAGCUAGACAGUUGAAAUUUUCACAGAUGAUGUAUUUCUGUUACCGCUAUAACAACAAAUACUAAAAACAGAAUAAAAUAAAGAUUUAAGUGGGGCUCCCAUACAGCAAACGUGAUUUUUGACCAAAGUUAAGCAACGUCGGGCGUGGUCAGUACUUGGAUGGGUGACCGUUUUCUUUUUGCAUUUUUCCGUUUUUUUUUUGCUUUAUGGUACGGAACCCUUCGUGUGCGAGUCCGACUCGCACUUGCCCGGUUUUUUUUCAUUAGAAAGAACUCCGCAGAAGCAAGCGUGCAAUUUUUAUCAGGCUCUUUAAUUGUUAAUUAUUGAAUUAUCUAAUGUAGCAUGGUCAAUACAUAUAAUUUACUUCCAAAUUGUUACCGCUAAAAGUGCCAGAUUUAGAACCAUAAGCAAACUUCUGCGAAGUUCUUUCUAAUGCAAAAAAAAAACGGCCUAUAGGUAAAACCCGCCGACGCGUCCGCGCCAGAUUAGCCCUUUUAUUUUUCGUUAACCCUCUCACCCGCAUAAUCUAGUUAGCAGACGCCCAAAUGUCCAUUUCCAGUGUAAAGUCCCGAGACUGUACCGUGUAGAUAAUUUGUGUAAUUGAUUUAAUGACGAAUUUCUGUUAAACUUUAUGAGACUGGCGUAGAUUUUUUGUAUAAAUCGCGCGUGUAAAUAACCUUUGGAAAUAUUCAUCGAUUGUGUGGUAAUCGGACAAUGCUAUUGUAAAUUGUAAGGGAAAAAUGUUGCUAACUAAUGAACACAAUGAGUGUAUUGUGUGUGCUUGUUUUAUGUCCGUGUAGGCGUGUAAGUUAGUAAUAAAGAAUUAUAUUUUG